AGGUUAUAAAAGGGAGUUGAAUUGAAUGGAAAGCUAAGUUAUCACUUUUCUUUCUCUUUUCCAAACAUGAACGCCAAGUUUUUAAUUGUUCUCGUCGCUCUCCUCGGUCUUGCCUAUGCUCAGACCAGCGAAAUGACCUCUGUUACUAGCCUCAGCCCUUCUGUAAGCAGUAGUGCUUCAAGCAGCGCUGCAAGCAGUGCCUCUUCGCACGUUAUCUCUUCUGUCGCUUCUUCAAUCUCCUCUAGAGUCUCUAGUGUUCAAUCAUCUGCAAGCAGCGUUCUCAGCUCUUUGACCAGCAGCGCUUCUGCUACUAGCUCCAAUGGAGGUUCUACAAGCGCCGGUGUUCCCUUGAUUGCUGACAAUGUAUUUCCUCAAGCUGCUUUCUUGGCUGCCUUGUUUGCUGCUUCUUUUGUAGCUUUACUCGCUUAAAAGGCAUUUACAUUUGUUACGGUUCUCAUUAUUAAUAAAGCAUAAUUCAUUCAUAUAACGCUUAAUACAUAUUUUUUUAUAUAUCUAUGUUCUCUCUUGUUUCAACAAUAACAAUUCCAUCUUACGAGAAAAAAAAGGGCCAAUGAUGGCAGUGGAUUAUUUCAUGUAAUGUGGCUUUACCUAGUAAAACCAAAGUGGAAAAACCAUGACGAUAUGAUAGAUUCAUAUGUACGAAUAGAAUCAUUUUGCCAAGCAAGAUCACAACUCCAAGAGAGCUAAAUAGGGCUACCAUUUUAAAACCAAGCAUGGGAAUAAAGAAUUCUUUCACUGCUAAACAAACAAGAAAGUCUUU